AUGCAGUCCGAGCGAGCGCAGAAGAUACGCAACGUGGCGCUCAUCGUCUGGGACGAAGCCUCCAUGUCACUGGGACUGCAACUGACGGUGGUGGACCGUCUGCUCAGGGACGUCAUGGUAUUGGAAUUACCGUUCGGCGGUAAAACCAUGCUGUUCACCGGCGACUUCAGACAGAUAUUGCCCGUGAUCCGGAGAGGGACGAGAGCCGAUAUCGUCAUGUUGUCGAUCAAGAAAAACGGUCUUUGGAGCGUCAUGGAGCGCUUCAAUCUGGUCCAGAACAUGCGCGCAGACAACGACGCGGACUUUGCGUCUUGGUUGCUUCAACUCGGCAACGGCCAACUGCCCGCGGUCGACGGCGUUGCGGACACCGUGCAAAUCUCGCGGGAAAUGGUAUGCGACGUCGCUGAUUUAAUCGAUUUCGUGUAUCCGCAGAAAAUGUCAUUGGCCAACGUAGAAGAAUUUGCUCGGAGAGUCGUCGUGUGUCCCACCAACGAAGAGUGCAGAGGUGUCAACGGGGACGUGCUGCAGCGCGUCGACGAUAAUCCGAUGACCUACAACGCCGUCGACACCGUGAUGGCGGACGGGGCUGACGGAGUGGCCAAUUUCCCCACAGAGUUCUUCAACGGUAUGGAACUGGACGGCCGGCCUGCCGCCGUUCCAGCUGACGUUGAAUGUGGGGUGCAUCGUAAUGUUGCUCAGAAAUCUCGAUCCGAGGAGACGACUGUGCAACGGUACGAGGUUGGUGGUCACCGAAUUGCGGACUUACAAUUUCAAGGUGAGAAUUUUGGGCGGUGA